UUCCAAAAGUUUUGUUGGGACUUGGGAGUGUCUUGAAAGAAAGCGCUCCCAAAAAAAUUCAGCACCUUUGAAUUCAAGAUAGAUAUACAGAUAAAGAGAUUUGUAUUUAUUCAAAUAAUUAUAUGUGAAGAAGAAUAAGAAGAAGAAGCAAGAGUCUCGGUGGGGGAACCGAACCGAACAUGGGAAGAGCCUUCGUUUACGUGAUUCUUGGCGGAGGCGUCGCUGCUGGCUAUGCUGCUCUUGAAUUCGUCAAAAAAGGAGUCUCUCAUGGCGAACUCUGCAUUAUUUCUGACGAACCCGUUGCUCCUUAUGAGAGACCUGCACUAAGCAAAGGAUUUUUGCUUCCGGAAGCUCCUGCUCGGCUUCCAUCCUUUCAUACUUGUGUUGGUGCAAACGAAGAACGGCUAACUCCAAAAUGGUAUAAAGAAAAUGGAAUUGAAUUAGUACUUGGAACCGGUGUUAAGUCUGCUGAUGUGAAGCGGAAGACACUAUUAACAACAACUGGGGAGACCAUAAGUUACAAGAUUCUUAUUGUUGCAACUGGUGCUCGGGCUUUGAAGCUGGAAGAAUUCGGUGUGAGUGGAUCUGAUGCGCAAAAUGUCUGCUAUUUACGUAAUAUAGCAGAUGCAAAUAGGCUUGUCAAUGCUGUGCAAUCUUCUCCUGGUGGGAAUGCUGUUGUCAUUGGUGGUGGAUACAUAGGCAUGGAGUGUGCAGCAUCUUUAGUGAUCAAUAAAAUUAACGUAACCAUGGUCUUCCCUGAAGCACAUUGCAUGGCUCGUUUAUUUACACCAAAGAUUGCAAGCUACUAUGAAGAAUAUUAUAAAUCAAGAGGAGUAAAUUUCGUUAAGGGAACUGUUCUGUCAUCAUUUGAUUUUGAUUCUGAUGGAAAGGUUACAGCAGUGAAUCUUAGAGAUGGAAGGAAGAUAUCUGUUGACAUGGUUGUAGUGGGAAUUGGAAUACGUCCAAAUACCAGUCUGUUUGAAGGUCAACUUACUUUAGAGAAAGGUGGAAUCAAAGUAAACGGAAAGCUGCAGUCAAGCAACAGCUCGGUCUACGCAAUUGGAGAUGUCGCGGCAUUUCCAGUCAAAGCAUUUGGGGAGACUCGUAGACUCGAGCAUGUGGAUUCAGCACGGCAAUCCGCAAGAUAUGUUGUUGCUGCUAUUAUGGAACCUGGUAAAACAGGGGAAUUCGAUUACCUUCCGUUUUUCUACUCAAGAGUCUUCACAUUGUCUUGGCAAUUUUAUGGGGACAAUGUUGGAGAAGUCGUCUACUUCGGAGAUUUUUCCGGUAGUACAUUCGGAGCAUACUGGGUAAACAAGGGCCACCUUGUUGGGGCAUUCCUUGAAGGUGGGACUAAAGAAGAGUACGAAGCUGUAGCUAAGGCCACUAGGUUUAGGCCAGCUAUUGAAGACUUAACCGAGUUGGAGAGGCAGGGUUUAACAUUUGCGGUUACUGUUAGUCAAAAACAGUUGUCUUCACCACCACAGAUUCAGGUUACCUCCUCCACAGACCUAGUUUUGGAGAAACCGUUAUAUGCUUGGCACGCUACGGCUGGGGUUAUUCUUGCUGCAUCAGUGGCUGCAUUUGCAUAUUACUAUGGGAAAAAGCGCCGCAGAUGGUGAACCUUUCUGGAGAAGAUUAUUAGUUCAAGGGUGUCAACAUAUUAUAUACAGAUUCGAAGCUGUAACAUUGAUAGGCUUAGGAUAUUUUGACAUACGUAAUUGUAUCCGAAUUACUGGACUAGAGUUGUUCAGUUCCAUUGUGCAUACGGUGUUAUUGUUGUACCAAAACAACCAAGAAAGCAAAAUAUAAAUGGCCAUCCUUCUUCGGAAGAUAUUCUUGUAAGAGAUCAAA